CAGCCCAAGGCAGGUGUACCAGGGCCAAAAUGGACUUCAGCUAACUUUGCUUAUUUAAAAAAAAAAAAAACACGCAAUUUAUACCGGCAGUAUUUUUGGCAGCAGUUUAAAUUGCAUAAGCGGGAUCCGUGUCUGUUUUUAUAGCUAUGAGAUUGUUUCGACGUUUUUCGUUUUGACAGAAUCCAGAAGUGCAUUUUGGUCUAAGAGCUCCAGAAGCUGCUGUGCUCCUCUGCUAUCAUGGCUCAAUCAGAGACUGUCGACAGGACCUCCUGCGAUGGGAGCGAGGGCUACUCGACCCCACAGGACACUUUCAGAACCCCACAAAAGCCAGGUACAGGUGAAGAGACCCCUAGGCAGAAAGCCAGGAGAAUGUGGAAACUCCUUUACAACACAGUACGCAGCUCCAUGGUCUGGGUCAAACACUCAUGCUUCAAUCCCACCUUGAUGACCCACGGAAUCCAGCAUAUCUGUCACUUCAGUUCCAACAGCCCGGUCUGCCAUGUGACCUACAACCAGGCCACAGGUGACUUCGUCAGCCUGUCCAGUGAUGGUACCCUGCGGGUGUACCAGUGUGAGGGCAGGCUCCGUGCCUCCUUUUGCUCAGCAGAGUCCUUCAGCGGCAUCACCAGCACAGUGCUGCCGGACCGCUACGCUGCCUGGGGCCCAGGGAACAGGCUGGCUGUCCUGGACAGAGAGUUCAGGACCACCUCCAGCACCUGCUCCAGCCGGGAUAUCCACACCUGCCUCUCCAAGGAGGGGGUAUAUGAGCUGGUGGUGGGUGGGGCCGGGCAUGUCUCCGUUUGGUGUCUCCGACACCUCGUCUGUAGGGUCGAGAUCACAGAGGGACUGGGCAGAGCGGACGUGUUCACUGAACUGGUCCUGCCCAAGGCAGCAUCCCCCAAAUCACAGAGGUGCUUCGCCAUGAGCGCUGCUGGAGUGGCUCUGUUUCAUCUCUCCAAGGGAAUGCUGCUGGCCUACAAGAAGGACCUGCAUCUCUGUAACAUCACUGGGAUGGCCUACUGCAACACUGCGAAGAGCUUGGCCACUGCCUCCCGCGAUGGCACCAUCAAGGUCUGGGACGAGGACUGGGGGGUUCAGAUGAUCUUCGCCGGGCACACUGGAGCUGUCACAGCCCUGGCCGCAUGUCCCCACCUCCCUCACUUCUUCUCCUCCUCUUUGGAUGGCACUCUGCGAGUUUGGAGCCUGGAGACAGGAGACCAGCUGGAGAAGAUCUACACUGGGCCUACGCUGGGGCUGGGGAUGAAGAGCACAGAGAAGGACGGGGUGGAGAGGUUUGGGAAGAAAGGCAGCGGGCUGCUGUGCUCUUACUCCAGGAAGGGCGUGGACUUCUGGGCUCUGACCCACCUUUAUGCUCUCCACACCCCGCUAGGAGGUGCUCCGAUCAGGGAGAUCAAGACUGUCAGCCUGCCUCUCUACCCCACCAGAAUGCUGUGUGUCAGUGACGAUGGCACAGUCAGGCUCAUUGCAGCAGAGACAGGGGAGGUCAUCACCACUUUUAUACUGGAGGAGGGAAAGCGGACGAGGGGGGCGGAGUACUGCCUGCCCUGGGAGACCCUGUUCGUCCUGACUGAAGAAGGGGAGGUCCUCAGGAUCAACACGUUGACCAAUCCCGCCAGCCUGCUGAAGCAGAGGGCAAGGCCCCGGAGUGUGGGCGGGUCACUUGUCGAUGCUGCCAUGACAGAGUCCGGGCUGGGGAAGGGGAAAGCCAAAGCCUGCUGCCUUCUGGUUUACAAUUACAUCAUCGACCCAGAGAAAGCUUUCUCCUGCUGGACUGAGGUGGUGGAAAACGGAGGGGAGAAACGGAAGAGGAGGCCGAAGGAAAUUAAUCAGGAGAGGAACAGGUACAUGCUCAUCGUGGGGCAGGAGGAUGGGUUCCUAGCGAUGCUGGACUGGUACUCUGGGCAAAUUCAGUACCAUACAGAGGCUCAUAGCUCCCAAGCCGUAACCGGAUUGGUGGCCAACCUUGAGAACAAUUACAUCAUCUCUGCUGGAGGUGACAGGACGGUGAAGGCCUGGCGGGUGUUCCCCUACGCGGAGGAGUCUCUCAGUCUCCAGGUGACUUUCUUCUGCGGCCAGCCACCCCUCAGGAUCAGCAUCAUGGACUCACUGUUGGCUGUCGCCUUCCAGGACUUCUCUAGUGCCACCUACAGCAUCGUCCAGUUCAACCUGCUGACCAAGAGGCGCACUGACCACUCGCCCAAUGACGACCCUCAAGACAAAAUCACAGGGCUGUGCACUUGCCCUCAGAUGAAGAUCUUCGCCUCCUCUAGCCUGGACGGGAUUAUUAGAAUCUGGGACCAGGACAAUGGGCUGAUCAGAUCGCUUUCCCUGAAUGCAGCACCAGAGAGCCUGGCAUUCUGCAGCACCCGUGGAGACCUCCUGGUGGGGAUCGACGGGCACCUUCACUGGAUCCACCACACUAAGUUCCUGCCCAGGCACUACCUCUACAUGAUGAUGGGUAUGGAAUUCUCUGAUCUCAUUCCGGACCCCCCUAUUCCCAUCUCGGAAGCAGUGCUGCAAUCCCUGAGCCCCGCCCACCUCAGGAAGUUAAAGGGACCCCUUCUAACCAGGCAGAAGAAAGCUCCGCCACUGGCAGAAACAGAGCGCGCAGAGUAUGAGGAGUACGAGAGGGAACUGCGGGAAAGAACAGAGGCCUAUGCCAUGCUGGCUGCCCGGGACAGGGAGCUGCUGCUUUUAAAGCAGGGAAAACUGCUGAGCAGGAAGAAACCGAAAAGCAGCAAGAGCACCAAGGAGGAGGCUUUCAGACGCUAUCUGCACCUGCUCCACCUGGGCCGGCCACAGAUACAGAUCCCUGACAUUGACCUUUUUGACCUCAACGAGGCCCUGCGUAGCCCCCGUCCCCCUCCCCCAGAUGCUCCAUACAUCCCUAAGACUGAAGGGGGGGGCUUCUUCCCUGACCCCACCCUGGCCAGGCACUUGGAUCCGUACUCGGAGACAGAGGAGUACCAAACCAGGGAGAAGACACCCGAACAGGUGUGGAGGGACAGUAUUCUGCCAGUCCUGUCUCUAGGCCUCAUCCCUAACUCAGUGCUGGCUGGGCUGCUGUGGCCUCCAGAGAUCCUGGACAAGAGAGAGGAGGUGCAGGCCAAGACCUGGAAGCUGCCAGCCAGAGCAGAUAACCAGCUGGAUGAGAUCAAAAACAUGGAGCAUGAUAUGGGAUCGAUGCUGGAGAGUGAAGAUGAUGAGAACAAGGAGAAGGAGAUGGACCUGCUUGAUGAGGUUCCUGUCAAGGAGGACAUCACUAGAUCAUCCCCUGAGCCACAGGAAGAGGAGCCCCCUCAGAACUUCCAUUCCUUCACUGCGUUGGAACCUAAAACAAAGCUGUCCAAGCCCCACCCCAAACCUGUCAUCAAGCCCCGCCCACACCGGAGCCCAACUCCUCCCCCACGGAAGGCGGCGCCUGUGAAAAAGACCAGCUCCCACGCUCUCCCACUGUUCAUUCUUCAGUUUGUGAAUCAGAGUUGGUUUCAGUUGACGUUCUCAGAAAAGAGCUUCUCAGAGACGAUGACAGUGGACUCAUUCAUGAAGCAGCUCAUGCAACACUUGAAGACUAAGGAUUACUGUGUGAAGACAGGCAUCCUGGGUGCAGUGCAGACUCUCCUCCAGCAGGAGUGGCUGGAGAUAACCAUGGACCUCCACAACCUGCUUCUGUCCAUCCUGAACCAGCCCAACCCCCCCACACUCAGGGACCCAGACGAACGUGAGUUCAUCCAUGUGGCUCUGACGACUCUGGUCAGCAUCGCUCCCCACAGCAAGGAGCUUCUGGUGGAGAUGAUGGUCCAGCUCAUUUCAUGUGAUGAGGUGUUCAGGAAGAGAGUUGAGUCCUUAUGGCAGAAGAUGGAUCUUGAGGACCCUCAUGAUUACCUGGGACAGGAACUAUCCUCCUGGGAUGAGUGGCCACAGGGAACAAGCUCUACAAAGACAAAGCUACGCAGGCAGGCCACAGACUGGCUCAAUCACUGGAAAGCAAAGUACAAGAUUGAGUCAAUGUCGUCAGAUUGCAAGCCAAUUGAAGCGGUGAACUACUUCUGCUCAGAGCAGCACAAGAAAUGGCUUGUGUCACGCAGGCCACCGGUGUCCAUCCCUCUGGAGAAGAACACUGUGCUUCUACUGCCAGACAUCCACAGAUCCCAUGCAAUCCUAAGACUGGGAGAGACCAACAGCAUGGCAAGGACACGACCAGUAGAGUAUAUCACAUUGCCUCCAAUCUCCUCACGGCCCCUGCUCUCUGGCUUCGUCCCCUACAUGGCCUUCCCCCUGCCCAAAGUUAACCUGUGCCCUUUCACCUCCCACGAGGACCUUGCAAAGCCAGAUCCUUCCAGCAGGCUCCUGGGGGCAGCGCCGCGCUACUUCUUCCUGGAGCACUCAUACGCUGACAACUACAAAUAAUCACUAAAGGGCGCUGGUGAACAUUUUUGUCAGGUGUUUUUGGCCUCAGUGGUGCAAGAACCAGACAAUAGGCCUGAUUUUCCAUUGUGGGCAAAUUGCCCAUGUAAUACUAUGGAGGGGGCAAUAUGCCCAUGGCCAGUAACAUCAAUCAUCAGUCAGUGUGUCCUGGAUCUGAAGAAUGUACUCAUUAAAGAAUUCUAGAUUGAAUACAACUCACACUAAUAUAGGACGGGUUUGUGUUUGCAUUCUUUAUUUUACAGGGAUGCUACAGGUAUUAUUGUUUUUAAUUCACAGAUUUUAAUUGUGAAAAUGUAUAUUGAACUGUCGUUGUGGCACAGAAAAAAUAUACUUCUGACUUAUAUAAGUAA